UGCCUCUGUGCCACACCGGACCACAGACCUUCCAACUUUCACACUGAAAGAUGAAUCCCGAAACCAGCAACAUGAUGAUUGCAGCAGCCCUUGGCCGGCCUUUCAGCCUCGGGAUGCUGUACGACUGUCGCAAUGACUCACUCAUCCCUGGCAUGACAUUGUGGGACAGCGAUAUCCUCACAAAUCAUAUUGGAGAAAGACCACAGAACUACAAUGACUUUCAGAUAGUUACAUCCGAAUCAAUUGCAGAUAAAUCUUCAGCACUAAAUGUUGAAGCCUCCCUAAAGGCAAGUUUCUUUAGUGGGCUGGUAGAGGUUGAAGGAUCUGCCAAGUACCUGCAUGAUGAUAAAACAUCCAAAAGUCAAGCCAGAGUAACUCUGCAUUACGAAGCAACCACAAAGUUCAAGCAACUGUCGAUGGAUCAUCUUGGAAGAGGCAAUGUGAAGCAUCCGUAUGUCUUUGAUAAGGGAUUAGCAACACAUGUAGUCAUAGGUAUCCUUUACGGGGCAAAAGCCUUCUUUGUCUUUGACCGCGAUGUGUCUGAGGAUGAAAGUCAUCAAGACAUUGAGGGUAGCUUGAAGGUGAUGAUCAAGAAGAUUCCAAGCAUUGUGAUCGAAGGGGGAGGUUCCCUGAAAUUGGAAGACAAAGAUAUCGAAAAGGUUGAGAAAUUCUCUUGCAAAUUCCAUGGAGACUUUUUACUUGAUAAAACUCCUACAACAUUUAAGGAUGCAGUAGAAGUCUACCAAAGCCUGCCCACAUUGUUGGGAGCCAAUGGAGAAAAUGCUGUACCAAUGAAGGUCUGGCUGUUGCCUCUGAUACAUCUGGAUUCUACUGGUGCUCAGCUCGUCCGUCAGAUAAGUGCUGUGUUCAUAGAAGAAGCGCAGGCUGUCCUGGAGGACCUGAAGGAGCUGGAAAUAAGGUGCAAUGAUGCUUUGAGCACCACUGCACAACAGCUCUCACAGAUUGGCUCAAAGAUUAAAACCUUUAAAGAGAUGUGCUCUGAGUUCAAGGUGGAAUUUCAACGAAACUUGGCGAAGGUUCUUCCAUCAAUCCGAGGAGGAGGAGAAGAGGAGGCUGUGCUUGCAGAGAUCCUGAAGAAGAGACAUUCUUCUCCUUUCAACAACACAGACCUGAACAAGUGGAUGGACUGUAAAGAGAGAGAAGUCUACACAUUAAUGUUCUUCAUGAACUUCUUAAAAAACGCCAAGAUUGUCCCGUCUCAAACAGACCUGUACAAGGAAAUUCUCAGUGUAGAGCAUUCAGUGUGUUUUGUUUUCACCUCACUGGGAAGUGAUGAACCGUUCCUCUCAGCUUUAUCAGACUACUUAGAAGGAACAACCAAACCAGACGACCCUCAACAUUCACAUACUCAUGAUGUAGAGAAGGAACAAUGGUAUGCCUCAAAAGAAGUAGCAGAUGCAAUGAGAAACAAAGCAAAGCUCUUCAGUGACUUUGCAGAGGCCAACAAGGAGAACAAGAAUGUAAAGUUCCUGAUGGUUAGUUCAACAAAUGAGGCAGAGAAAGGUUCAAGCAUCUACCUUUAUAAAGACGGCUUUUCUGUAAGUGAGAACUUUGAGCCUCCUUCAAAGCCUGAAACAGUGACAGCCAGGAACACAAACCACAACAGUGUGAUACUGAAGAUUUCUCCACCCAGAUUUGGAGCAGAGAACAUCACCUCCUACUCUGUUGAGUAUUGUGUCAGUGGAGAGGAUGGAUGGAAACAACAGACAGCAUCAAAAGCUGAAGAAGUCACAGUGAGAGAUCUGAGUCCUAACACAGAGUAUAUGUUCAGAUGCAGAGCAGUGACCUCAGUAGGUGUUGGACCAGCCAAUGAAGUCACCGCAUUUACUACACACCUACUGUUACCCCCACACUUAGGAGGUCAUGGAGGCAUGCUUCCACCGCGGCCUGUGACUGACUGAUGGCCGAGAAUACAGUAAACAGACGACCUGCCAUGAAGAGUCAGAGUGGUCAACACGCAUCUUCUGGACCUGCGGGACAAUCAAAAGUUAGCAGUUGUUUUUUUUCCUUUUUUUUGCUUUUAUUCAAUGCGAUAAAUCAAAACACAUUUUUACUUCCAAAUUACAUUGAAAAAAUAAAUCAUCAAUAAUAGUUUUAAUAGUUUUUUUUUCUCUAAGCUUUCUGACAACUCCAUAUAUGAUUUACAUGUUGUAUCUUGUUUUGUAGAAAAAUAAAUGUAAAAAAUGAGAAACAUUUGGUUGAUUAAAUUAGUUAUAACAUGUUUGGGAAACAUUUGCAUAGUGUUUAUGUCACACAGGGACCAAAGUUGUUGGGACAGGUUAGGACUUGGUUUUAGGGGUGAAAUUAAAACUAAAAGCUCAUGUCUUUAUUUUUUUUUAAUUUUGAGAAUUUUUUAUUAAAACUGCAAAAUAAAGUUGAUUUACGUUCUUGUUGAUUUAAAUGUUUGCUCAAAACUUUUUGAUUUUUGUUUCAUUAAUCAGAUUAUUACUGUAGACCACUGGUUCCCAACUUUAUUCCUUAAAGAAACUGAAAAUGCUGAAAUACAGGCCCACUGUAUUUAUAUUUUUAAAGUUUUCUUACACCCCAUACAAUCAGAAAGGCCUUGUAACCACCAGUGGAGCCUUUGGGACCCCUAGUGGUGGUUUGAAAACCAGUGGUGAAGACAUACAUUUGCAUGUGAUAAUAAUUAUCUGUAUUCUGUAACUGUGUGAACCUUUUGUAAUUUGUUUUUGAUUAUGAUUUGUUUGUGCUCAUGUUAUUCUUCAGAUGUAUUCAUAUAGAAAAUGUUGCUUACCUGUAAUAGGCUAAAGCUGACUGUGGGCAGCCAAGGUUAAUGCAGCUUUAUGUUAAGAAGAAACUUUGAUAUAUUGUUGAUGAAAAACAUGUAAUGAUCAGAGAGAUUAAAGAGAUUAAAUCACUUUGUUUUGUCUUUUACAUAUUCAUUCAUUGUUGUUUCCAAUCUUACACAGAUAUGUUGAUGUUUUACUUCUAAUAAAGCCCUUUGAUUCAA